GAGCGCGAGGAGCGGAGCUGGGUUCAGUCUACAGGAUCUGGACCGGACCGAGGCGGGCAGGAAGCUGACUUUAGCAAGGCAGGAGGAGAUGGGGGACAAAGAGAAAAAGAAGAAGGAUAAAAACUCCUCCGACAGAGUCACUCUGAAAAAAGAAAUUGGACUUUUGAGCGCUUGCGCUAUUAUCAUCGGAAACAUCAUUGGCUCUGGGAUAUUCAUCUCCCCUAAAGGAGUGUUGGAGCAUGCAGGCUCAGUGGGGCUGUCACUCAUCGUCUGGGUGUGCGGAGGGGGGAUCUGUGCCCUUGGGUCCAUGUGCUACGCUGAACUGGGUGUCACCAUCCCAAAGUCUGGAGGAGACUAUUCAUACGUGACAGAAAUCUUUGGAGGGCUAGUGGGCUUCCUGUUGUUAUGGAGUGCCGUCCUCAUCAUGUAUCCGACCACGCUGGCUGUCAUCGCGCUCACCUUCUCUAAUUACGUCUUGCAGCCGGCCUUCCAGGACUGCCUGCCUCCGUACAUCGCCACCAGACUCCUCGCCACCAUCUGUAUCUUAUUCCUGACCUGGGUGAACUGCUCCAGUGUGCGCUGGGCGACAAGGAUCCAGGAUGUUUUCACUGUAGGAAAACUCCUCGCUCUGGUACUCAUCAUAGUUGUAGGACUCAUCCAAAUCUGUAGAGGUCACUAUGACGCCCUGCGGCCCAGUGUGGCUUUUGAAUUCAGUCAGGACCCGUCAGUGGGACAGAUAGCGCUGGCCUUCCUUCAGGCCUCCUUCGCCUACAGCGGCUGGAAUUUCCUCAACUACGUCACAGAGGAGGUCGUGGAGCCACGCAAGAACCUGCCCCGUGCCAUCUACAUCUCCAUCCCACUGGUGACCCUUGUCUACACUCUGACCAACAUUGCUUACUUCUCCUCCAUGACCCCUGAGGAGCUGCUGGCCUCCAACGCUGUGGCAGUGACAUUCGGGGAAAAGCUGCUAGGGAUGUUUUCCUGGGUGAUGCCGAUCUCUGUGGCACUGUCCACCUUCGGAGGAAUCAACGGAUAUCUGUUCACCUCCUCCAGACUGUGUUUCUCAGGAGCCAGAGAGGGUCACCUGCCCUAUCUGCUGGCUAUGAUCCACCUAAAGAACUGCACUCCAAUCCCCGCCCUGCUGGUCUGCUGCCUCGCCACCAUAAUCAUCCUGUGCAUUGGAGAGACACACAACCUGAUCAACUACGUGUCCUUUAUCAACUAUCUGUCCUAUGGAGUAACCAUUGCUGGCCUCCUCUACCUCCGCAAGAAGAGACCCAACCUGGUCAGACCCAUCAAGGUGAGCUUGUUGAUCCCCAUCACCUACCUGGUAUUCUGGGCUGUGCUGCUGGGCUUCAGUCUGUACUCUGAACCAGUGGUUUGUGGCCUGGGAAUGGUCAUCAUGCUGACUGGAGUGCCUGUAUACUUUGUGGGUGUUCAUUGGAAGGACAAACCCAAAUGGGUCUACAGGGUAGUCGAAAGAGUCACAUACGUGGGCCAGAAGGUGUGUUAUGUGGUGUUUCCUCAGGGAGACCCCUCAGAGACUGAACCCCUCACUGCCUCCAAAGCCACUGACUGAGCAGUGCAAUCAACCAGGAAUUCCCAUUUUUACAUCAGCACCUGUACUUCCAUUUUUUUUUUUUUUUGCGUUACAAUUUGUCACAUUGGUCAGCUAGUGGAUGGUGCAGAGAUGGUGUCAUCCAUGUUCCUGCACAGGUGCAGUCUGAAUGGGGCUGCGAUGAAGCUCCAGUAUAAAAGAAGCGGAUGGUUAAACUCAGCAUGUUAAACACUAAAACUGUGGAACAUGUUUUUAUUUGUUAGUUGGUACUGUUACUCCACUCUCAUCUGUAUGCUGAAUUUCCUCUUUCAUGCAGAUCUUUAUCUCAUCUUCUCCCUCCAGUUGUCAUCUUCUGCUUCACCUCCAAGAUAUUCUUCUUUUAUGACUUUAACUAAAAUCCUUGAGCUAAUGUGCCUUAUGAAAUGUAUAUGUUGGUAUAGUGUAUUGGUUUGUGCGGGUAUUUUGAUUGAGUAAUAACUUUUUUUCUGAGGUAAAUAUGCAAGCAGUUUCUGCACUUAGCAAUACUUCUCUAUUACUGCUGCUACCUUCAGCUCUGUUUCACUAAUUAUUCACAUGAUGUUUACUGUUUGCCAACUGUGGAUGAGCUAUUUUUCCGUCUGUUCUUUGCCUGUUUUUUCUCUCUUUUUUACCAUAUCACUACUUUCCCCUGAGAGAUACUGUCGGUGCCUUCCUAUUAUUAUUAUUAUUAGAGAGAUUAUCUACACGACACUCACCGUUCCCAGCAAUAUUUACAGCGCAGGAGAGACAGUAGGAUGACGGGAAGUUCGUGGCUAUCAGCUGGACGAAUGGCCGCCUCUCUCAGAAACGAACAAGCUGCAUCAUUACUUCUCCUCUUUAGGAAUGCCACUGUGAACUCUUUCAAGGUGCUUCUUGACCUGCCGGGACAGUUAUUAGAUUUCAGAUUCCUCACCUGACGUGUAUGAUACAGUGCUUACCAUUAACAUGUUGUUGGAUAACAUAACAAGGAUGCAUAUUGACAGAUAGAUGGGUGGCUAAUAGCGGAUAUUUUGUGCAUGGGCCUGCUCCCACUUCCCCAAAGACACAUCAUCACUGCAUUUACCCCACUGACUUUUUAAAGAUCAACUAUUUACAUAAUAUACUGUAGUUCAAUUGACCUACUGUGACCUUAUAGACUUUCUGUGGUUUCUGACUUAUCAUGGCCUCACUGAAACAAUAAUUUGCCCCCAAUUAUUAUGGUCAGAUUGAUGUCCUCACUGGAGUCGUGAUACCACUAUCAGUAUGCUAAUUUACUGUGCUCCAGGUGAUAUUGGUGUUUACAUGUAUUUUAGUAAUCUCUUAUAGGUCUUGUCUAUCAGCUGUUUGUGUUGUACAUACAACAGACCUUAUGAAGGUUUUUAACAUGAUGCAAACCAGCAGGUUGGAUCUUGAAUUGAACAUUCGGUCCACUUCCAGGCCAGUAGAUGCUGGGAAUUUACCUCCCCACACCCCCAUCGCAUCAAAUCCACUAAGAGACUCGUACUUCAGACAACAAUGUCUGUCUGCCACGUCCGUCCGGGCGCUGUUAGCUCAGUUGAAAUCUGUAAAUAUUGUGUGUAAAGAAGAAAAAAAACCUGUUACAAAUGCACCAGGGACUCCUACAAAGUUCACAUUCCUCAGACAUGUUGUGAUACAUUUACAUACUGCACAAUUGAUGGGUGUGUCUCCGUGUUUUGUAAAAGUGUGAAGUUGUACAAGAAUAACAAUGUAAUUACUUAUUAAAUAUAGCAACUUCUAAGAUG